UACCUUAUGGAGAAUGGCGAUGAUGUGUGGAUGGUGGACGUUGACGACGUUCUGGACGUGGAGGAGACAGUCAACGAAGAUCAUCCUGAAUGGUACAAAAACAAGGAUAACGUCCAAUAGAAUAUGGCCUCCACGUGGAGACCAACGACGAUUUUGUGUCGCAUUCCAACGAUUGCGUUUUUGCUGACGACGGCGUGGCGGAGAAUGGCGUCGAUGACAACAAUGGCGGAAGGAAUAAGCUGUGCCGUUACGAAUUCCGUUGCAUUUGCACCAUUUUACUAGUGGUAUAAAUAUUGUUUUGGAAAAAAUGUACCAGUAGUUAUGGUUCAAGUAGCUAGUAGUAUUAUUGUAGUGGUAGGCUCCUAGUGGUACUCACUUAGUCGUCUAGUGGUACUCCCUUAGUGGUAGUCAUUUAGUCGUAGUUAGUGGUACUUCCCUAGUGGUAUCGGGAUACCAGUAAAAGGUUAAAUAGUUCGUUUUGCUAAUGCAUUUGUUCUUUAAAUACAUGUUUGGUAUCAUCCAUCAUUCCAUGAGACAGUUGAACGGGAACCACUUGUGUUUCCAGAACCAGGAUGAAUUUACACGUUUCUACAAGAGUUUUGGUCAUGGAAGAGGUUUCUCGUCCAGAGUUGUUGGAGGAAGUAAAGAAGAAAAGGUCAUACUUCCCCGAACCAUUCGUUUUCUAGUUUGGAGGUUCGUGCACCAGACAAGGGUACAAAAAAGCAGCAGGCUUGACCCGAAAAAUGCAGAAGAGGUCGUGGACUCAGAGUCUCCAAAGGCCAUGAACAAACAAGGGUACAUAAAAGGUAGUAGGCUUGACCCGAAAAAUGCAGAAAAGGUCGCGAGCAAAAAGAGGGAAAAAAGAAAAACCUAAACAUUGUUUUUCAUUUAUCUCUUUAGAUGUUUCAAUUCAAAUUUGGUUCAUGAUACAAUCAAACAUGUCCCUUGUGGAAGAUAUUAUGUUAUUCGGAUGAGGUUUUGUUGUCUAACAUUAGAUAACCAUUUUAAAGUGUUCUCUUGUGAAGGUACAUGUACCAGUAACUAUUAAUGAUAUAAGUACAACCACUAGUUACUGGUACAGAUACCACUAGUAAUUACUGGUAAUGGAAAUAUUAAGUAUGGUACUGGUACUACUAGUUUCUGGUGCUGAUACCACUAGUCAUUUCUGGUACUUACCAAUACUAGUUACUGUUACACGUACCAGUGGUACUUAGCAGUACUAGUUACUCGUACAUGUACCACUAUUAGUCCAUGUGUAAUUAGAAAAGCAAGAAAAGUAAUGUUUUAACAAAAGUACAAAACCAUAUUAAGUGAUUCACCAACAUCAGGGGUUUUCUUCAACAAAAAUGGUUCACAUUAAAAAAUGCUCAACAAAUGCUUCACAAGAGAACUAAAAGCCAACAAAUGCUCAAACUUUGUUCAUACUCCAAAAUGUACAUAAACCACUAGCAUACUCCUCGCACUCUGAAGAAGAACUACUGCUUCCCGAACUGCUUGCGCUUGUUCCUACUUUCGGUUUCUUCUUCUUCUAGCAGGGACACUUCAUUAACUCAUCUCGUGGCCGUUUCUUACUAGGACCUGAAUCAGAGUCAGAUGAAUCCCUUUCACGGAUGACUACUUGCCGAGAUUCAUAGGUUGCAGGAUGUUUUACAAUAGGUUCUUUUUUUGCCAGUUGCUCUUUUGUCAUCGACACGUAGAAUGUAGUCUUUGUUCUCGCCAUUCCUGGUACACAAAUAUCAAAACUACAUUGUUAGACAUAUUUAUUAAAAUUUACAAUACCAACCUAUGAAACAUUCAAAAAAGAUAGUAUCAGGAAUGCCUGUGACAUGUGUACAACUAGUGUUAGUGGUACAAGUAUCACUAGUGGUACACGUAUCACUAGUUGUACUUGUACAUUUAUCAUUAGUGUUACCGGUACACUAAUCCCUAGUGGUACUGGUACAUGUACCACUAGUGUUACUGAUACACGUAUCACUAGUAGUACAUGUACCACUACAAAAUAUUCUACCACUACUACUAGAACUGGUACCAAUACCACUACCACACCAAUUCAAAGUACCACUGCAUUAUUCAAACAACACACAAGCUACUAAAGAAAGGAAUGGCUGGUAUAAAGAAACCUCACCUGGUAUGUUUUCAACCGCCGUAUAAAGUGUUGACAGAGGAAGGAUUUCCGGCGAUGCAAUGAAAGAACGAAAAAUGAAUUAUUAUGAUUUGGCUUAAAUCACGGUUGGCCGCUUGGAAACGACGAUCGAAUAGGAGGGAAGGCCGCUGGGAAACGACCAGUUCAAUCUAGUCAAUAGAACUUCAAUUGAGAAAAAUUUUAAACGACCAGAAUCAAGAAGAAAGGAGUGGAGGAAAUAGACCGGAAUUACCUUUACUCUCAUCGACCAAGUCUUCGAACCCAGUGGGGAAAUGAGCGAGAUGAUGCAAGGGAAAGGAAACCGGCGACAAUGUUUAUCGGCGACGAUGCAAGGGUUUUCUUUUUGGGUUAUGGGAGCUGAUGGAGGCUGGCCAGGCGAACGAUUUUUUUGCGAGGAAGGUAGCGGAUUAGCCUCCGAAAAUCUUUCCCCUUUCAAAACUGAAUUUCGCGUGACACCAUAGGAGGAGUGGGGGAACGGAUCCAGUGGAGCACCUCUCCAUUUUGCCCUUGAUGAUUAUCGACCGCCAGAUCGUGAGGAAGGGAGAUGGGCGGCUGGGAAGGGGGAAGCGAGAUUGACAACCCCUAAGGGGUUGUCACGCUAUCCAACCGGGACCGACGUUGUUUGGGUGUUGAAUGGUGUCGAAAUGUGUUUAUUGAAUCAAAAGUAGGGUUAUAGGUAUAAUAUGCCCCAUCUAUUAUUUUUUACAUCAAGCAUGCCCUUAUACUUUGUAAAAAUGAUCAAACAUGUCAUUCUGUUAAAAUUUGCAUCCAAAAAACUCCAUAAUGUACCCUUUUUUGAAUGACAGCCCUUUGACUAGAGUAACCCAUGGAUGGCUAAGAUCUAGGUUGUCGAUUUGCAAACCAUCCCUAUGAUUAGGGGUGAGCAUUAGUGUGGUUGAACCCACAAAUCCACCCGCGAUCGACCCAUCCGAUCAUGUGGGUGGUUCCUAUGGGUGAAUGUGGGUUGUAAAUAUGUGACCCACAAAAGAUUCGGUGGGUGCAGGUGGACUGCGGUUGACCCACGACCCACCCAACUUGUUAACCUCAAACCAUCAAAGCUCUAACAUAUAGCUUUACCGAAAAUGAUACCCUCUAAAUCAGAACAAUUCCUGUCAAUUUCGAUCAAAGGAUUGUGUUGUGAGGUGUGUUAUGACAAUUAGAGGUACACUUAAGCAUUACUAGUAGACAAAUGGCAGUGAAAGACAAUUGUUUUUCCCAAAAUGACCCCAUCUCAAACUACCACCUAUUCGUUCUUUAUUCAUUGAUUUCCUUCCAUCAAUAUGUAAUUUUAAUUUGCGACUAUGGGUUAAAAGCUAUAUUUGCGCUCACAACGCCUAGGCGAAUGAGACGCCAGGCAAGACCAAAACGUUUGCUUUAUGUCUAGUGCUUUCUUGAACCUUGGUCUUAUCAGGCUUAGACCAUAUUUAUCAGUCGAAUAUUUUGUCAUUUGUGGACAAUUGUCAAUACCAAUGUUGUAUAAUAAACGAUUCAAUUUAUUUAUGGAUUAAGAGUUAAUAAGUUUGAACAUUUCUUUUUAAAAAUAUUGAAAUUAUAUGAUCAUAUGAAAUAUAUGUUGUAAACUCAUCGAAUCCACCAACCACCCAUCAUCCGCAAUCACCCAACCCACACACAUGUAAUGUUUGGGUAAGUGUGGGUCAUGUUCUUCUUCACCCACCCAAAUUCGCAUAAACCCACCCACUACUGACCCCUACCUAUGAUUUGCACGCUAUUAUGUUCCAAGUAAUGAAAUUCCUACCAGCAUGUUUGGAUACAAUUAUGAAAGAAAUGAAAAUGGAAUUCCAUUUUUUAUUUUUAUAAAAGUCCAUUUCCAAUUCUAGUGUUUGGUAUAAUUCCUACAACUAUGGAAAUAAAUUGCACUUUUAACCAUAGUAAAUAACUAGUGUGGGCCCCGACCAGUUGGCCGGAGGAAGGUGAGUUAUGAAAUUUGAUAAUGUAAUGGGUUGUAUAGCUUAUUGUUGUAUAUAUUUUUUUGGGAAACACGUGAUAAAAAUAAUGAAUUUUAGCAGGAAAGAGACAUGAAUGAUGCAACGAAUCAAAAAUCGGCCUUAUGAACCAAAAUCAAGUACCUUUUACCUUGUGAAACAAUAUUGUUUCUGGUAAUAUGAUGAGGCGGAGUAAGUUUUAUAGAAACUGAAUUCCAUAAAAUCGAAUAAAAAAUCGCAUAUCUCGUCGGUUUUCGGGAAAUGAGCAUCUCACAAUCGUUGCUAGCUUUUACUCGGCCCGUUGGCCGAUUAAUUUGCUUUAUAAAACUUUCAUCUUGUCGUCAUUGUGCUUUCUGGUUUUUGUCAGGCCAUGAUAAAACCUAAGAAAAUCAAGAACGAACAACACGAUUUGGGAUAGGAACCGCCGUUGUCGUAUCCCUAGAAAAUGGUGGUAAACACGGACUCACCUGCCAAACUAGGUUGGAUUGAGAUUUUUAUCGAGUAUCAGGAAACCAUGUGAUUAUAAAUUAGACUUGAUCAAAACGGGUCAAAACUUGAAAUUCAGCCUGUUUGACCGGCCCAUGCCAAAUUCUAAUGAUUCUUUACUUUUAAACUUUCUAUUUGAAAAUAAAAAAUAGUGAAAGAAAAGAGAUGACUGCAAUUCUCCAUUUGCACAUCACUUAUUCGGGAAUAAAACCAUAGAAAUUCAAAAGAAACUGAAAAUGUUUAGGAUCGUUUUAAUGUUUAAAAUAACCAAAUAGAUCUUUCUGUUUAGUUUUUUACUAACAAAUACCAAACGAUUCCCUGUAAAAUACACUAUAAUUUGAUCAUUAUGAUAUCAAAUAGUUAUUUAAUAUAUAUUUGAAAUGAUAAAAAUUGGACUAAUUGGGUUGGUCGAGGUUGAACCAUUGAAUAACUUUAAAAUACAUUAUAUUUUAGCCACUAAGAUAUAAAAUAAUAGCAUAAUAUAUAUUAUGCCAGAGAAAAUAGCUUGUUUUAGAAUGGCAAACCAAUGAUGUUCAUUUGUUUUACUUGAUGGCCAAAUCCCGUGUAGGUCAGACCCAUUCAACUCUUUUAUUUUAUGGUUAGCGGUUAGUCCAUUAGAUACCAUGCAUUAGUUUAUUGUUAAAUUUUUUAUUUUUAGCAAUAAAAAGGAGUAUUGUUUUUGCCUUUUCAUAUAUAUUUUAUCACCACGGAGAAAUAAAAGAGGUUAAAGAAAAAAUUGACACUCCUAGACCCGUUUAAAUAAAAAAAUUGGCCCGUUCCAGAGAGGAAAGAGAAAAAAAAUUGACACUCCUAUUCUACCCUUCCUAUAAACGCUUAACCAAUGAUGUUCAUUUGUUUUACUUGAUGGCUAAAUCCCGUGUAGGUCAGGCACAUUCAACUCUUUUAUUUUAUGGUUAGCGGUUAGCCCAUUAGAUAAUAUGCAUUAGUUUAUUGUUAAAUUUUUUAUUUUUUGCAAUAAAAAGGAGUAUUAUUUUUUGCCUUUUCAUAUAUAUUUUAUCAUCACGGAGAAAUAAAAGAGCUUAAAGAAAAAAAUUGACACUCCUGGACCCGUUUAAAUCCGCAUGUGUACGGUAAGUUGGCCAGUCCCACAGAGGAAAGAGAAAAAAAUUGACACUCCCUAUUCUUCCCUUCCUACAAACGUUCCUGGAGCAGGGAAUUUGAAAUGGGGGAAGAGUUUUUUCCUCCCUGCUAUUAUAUGUUUUUAAUUUAAAAAUAUACAACAAAUAUACUUAGUGUGAUUGGUUAUGAUCCUUGUUUUUCUUUAAAAUGGUCAUGGUUCGAAUCCAGUAUGUAUAUUUUUAAUGAAUAAAAAAAAGUAAUUGUGAAAACCAAAAUGUCCUUCCUAUUUUCACUCUCGUUGCAGGAAAUUUGAAAUGAGGCUCCCGUUUUUCCCUUCGGUAUAUUAUAAUAUGUGUAGAGGUGUAAUAUGUUUGUUUUAUUUUGGGAAAUGAAAUAUGAAUGAGAAAAAGAGAGUAAAAUGAUAGUCGAUCAAUAAAAUAAUAAAAAAAUAUUGAUAGGUCCCACUAAUUCCAUCUUCAUUCUCUCAAUUCCUAUCAUUUUUAUAGAAAUUGUAAUUCCCAAAUUUUAGAUCCAAUGGAAUUCAAUUUUUAACCUUUAUAUUAUUUCAAACAUAAUAUAUGGAAGUUUGUAUGAAAAAAAGGUUUGGGAACGAAACUAGAAGGGGUUCAAAUUUUUGAUAAUUUCAGUUUAUGUAAAUUUUGAAAAUUACAAAAUCACCGUUAUGUACAUUAAUUGUGGAGUAAGUUACAACUUAAUCAUCUUAUAUUCCCUUUUCCUUUAUUGGUUACCUUUUCCUUUUCAUGUGGGUUGAACAGAGUAACAGACUGGAGAGGCUUUUCUUUUCCUAGCCUUUUCUUUUUCUCAUUUUCUUGAGCAUUUCUUUUUUCCUGAUCGAAAGUGAAGUUGCUGGCUUCGAUCUCUACCACUUCACCCUCCCUUUCUCUUCCCCCACACACUCACUCACUCUGUCUUUCUGUACUGGUUUUAUGGAGUUGUAGAGACGGGUAAAUAUCACUGUAUCUGUCUUCACUGCUUUGUAUUUUAUCCUUCCCUUCCCAUUCCUAGCCAUGUCCAUGUCUGCCGCCUGCCUCUCUUCUGUCCCUGUCCGCUUUUUCUUUCUCUUCUCUCUCUCACUAUAUCGCCUCUGAUCUCACCUCACAAACGAACAAGCGCCACUCCUGCUCUUCUUUCAUUCAUUCUCUCUCUCUCUCUCUCUCUCUCUCUCUCUUUCUCUUCUCUCUCUCACUAUAUCGCCUCUGAUCUCACCUCACAAACAAACAAGCGCCACUCCUGCUCUUCUUUCAUUCAUUCUCUCUCUCUCUCUCUCUCUCUCUCUCCGACCCCCAAAGAUAUGUCAGCUCCAUUCUAGCAUUUACUCCCCUCCGCUGUCCGCAGUCCCUUCACCAGAGAACUCUACUUCGGGAAACAAACGAGAAACAGAGCCUUCCCCAAGCAUUCAAUCAUGGGUUCCAAAUCCAAAUCUGGGUUGUUUGAAACUCCUACCAAGCCAUCACCAGCAACUCCUAGAGUAAGUAAACUCAACAGGGGAGCAGCUAAAUCAGACGCUGAUUCACCUUCUCCCCAGCCGAGUUCACGUCUCUCCUUGGACCGCUCCUCCCCUGGAUCUGCCAAUUCCAAGCCCACUCCUAAUUCUGCUGUUCGCAGACCAACCAAGGCUGCCACACCACCUGAAAAACCACUGGCUCGUGGCGUGGCGGUGAAGGGAUCAGAACUGCAGGCUCAGUUGUAUGCAGUCCAGGAAGAUCUCAAGAAAGCCAAAGAGCAGAUCUCUGUGAUCGAGAAGGAGAAGGAUCAAGCUGUUAACGAGCUAAAAAUUGCUCAGAAGGCAGCUGAGGAGGCAAAUGGGAAGCUGCAAGAAGCUUUGGUGGCUCAAAAGCGAGCCGAAGAGGAUUCCGAAAUUGAGAAGUUCCGUGCUGUUGAGCUGGAGCAAGCUGGGAUCGAGGCUGUAACAGUGAAGGAACAGGAAUGCCAGAAGGAGAUCGAAUCUGUGAGGGACCAACAUGCAGUGGAUGUUGCUACCCUUUUGUCCACUACUGAGGAACUCCAGAGAUUGAAGCAAGAGCUGGUAACGACAACGGAUGCUAAAAACCAGGCACUUAGUCAUGCUGAUGAUGCUACUAAGAUCGCAGAGAUUCAUGCAGAGAAGGUGGAGAUUCUUUCAACCGAGUUGGCCCGAUUGAGAGGUUUGCUUGAUGCCAAGGUUGAGAACGCUGCCAGUGAGAGCAAUAAGAUGGUGUUGGAGCUCAAGGAAGAGAUAAGUUCUUUGAGACAAGAGCUUGAGAAAGCCAAAGCUUUUGAGGGUAAGUUGAUGGAGAAAGAGGGUAUUAUAGAACAGCUCAAUGUUGAGGUGGAAGCUGCUAAAAUGGCUGAGUCUUAUGCGCGCAGUCUAGCUGAAGAAUGGAAGGUCAGGGUUGAGGAGCUAGAGUCCCAAGUUACUGAAGCAAACAAGCUAGAGAGGUCUGCAUCAGAAUCUCUGUGUUCAGUCAUGAAACAGCUCGAGGGCAACAACGAUAUGCUGCAUGAUGCAGAGACUGAGAUCAUGGGUCUGAAGGAGAAAGUUGGACUAUUGGAAAUGACGAUAGCAAGGCAGAAAACAGAUCUCGAUGAGUCAGAACGCCGUGCCUGCCUUGCACAGGAAGAGGCAUCAGGAUUGGUGAAGGCAGUUGAGUCUCUCAAGUUGGAGCUGGAAACAGUGAAGGAAGAUAAGAUCCAGGCCCUGAACAACGAGAAGCUUGCUGCUUCUAGUGUGCAAGGCCUGCUAGAAGAGAAGAACCAACUCAUAACUGAACUAGAGAAUUACAAGGAAGAGGAGGAAAAGAGCAAGCGUGCAAUGGAGAGUUUAGCUUCAGCUUUACAUGAAGUGUCUGCUGAAGCCAGGGAAGCAAAAGAGAAACUGUUGUCUAGCGAAACAGACAUUGAAGGCUAUGAGACACAGAUAGAAGAUCUUAGAUUGGUUCUCAAGGCGUCGAACGAGAGAUACGAGACCAUGAUGGAUGAUGCAAAACAUGAGAUUGAUGUUCUCAAGAGCUCGGUAGAAGAAUCCGAGAAUGAGUUCCAGAAGUCCAAGUCUGAGUGGGAGAUCAAAGAGCAAAACCUCUUGGAUUGUGUGAAGAAGUCAGGUGAAGAAAACGCAGCUCUGGAAAAAGAAAUAGACAGGCUGGUCAAUGUGCUGAAGCAUACGGAAGAAGAAGCUUGUGCUACAAGGGAGGAAGAGGCUCGGUUGAAGAACAGCUUGAAGGAAGUGGAAGCUGAAGCAGUUUCUUUGCAGGAAGCUCUUGGAGAGGCGAAAGCUGAGAGCAUGAAACUGAAGGAGAGUUUACUGGACAAAGAGAAUGAGCUACAAAGCAUCUUUGAAGAGAACGAAGAGCUCCACAUCAGGGAAACUGAUUCUGUAAAGAGAAUCGAGGAGUUGUCCAGGUUGCUUGAGGAAGCUCAGUCCAAGAAGCAAAGUGAGGAAAAUGGUGAGCUUAGUGACAGUGAGAAGGACUAUGAUUUGCUACCAAAGGUGGUUGAAUUCUCUGAAGAGAAUGGACAUGUAGGUGAAGAGAAACUCAAGAUGGGGCUUCCAGCUCAGUCUCAGAACCUUGAGGAGCCAAUGAAUGGCAAGUCGCAGGAAGACAGCAACGGCUCAUUAAUAGAUUCUGAACCUGCUGAAAUGGUUGUCGCCACCAAGAUGGAGAAUGGUGGCGCUGAUGAGAAGGGGAAUAAAGAAGAGCUGAAAGACAAAGAAGACGACACAGUUGAAGUGGAGUUCAAGAUGUGGGAGAGCUGCAAGAUUGAGAAGAAAGAGUUCUCACCCGAAAGAGAGCACCAUGAACAGGAAUCAUCCUUCGAGGAGGAAGGGGAGUCUAAGGGCGAGGGCGGAGAGAGUUUCGAUCAGCUAAAUGGUUUGUCCUCAACAGAGAACCCAGAUGAUGGUGGGAGCUCACCUUCCAAGCAGCAGCAGCCUGAGCAGCUGAAGAAGAAGAAGAAGCCUUUGCUUCAUAAGUUUGGAAGCCUGCUCAAGAAGAAGAGUACCACCACUGCCAGUCCUACAAAUGGUAGCACUACUCCCAACCAGAAAUAAUGAACUGAGGGUAAAAAUUACAACAUCGUCUAUAGUAGAUAAAAGUUUAUGGCUUCUGAAUGCUGUUCUGUAUCCGCUGUUUCCCUUAAAUUUUUUCAUUGUUUUGAGUUAGUUUCCAGUUUUCACAAUGAAGAAAAAUGGGGCUUUGUAAUCAUCUGUCAUUAUUUUUUUUUUCUUCUUCCUUCUUUCUCUAUCUUCUCUCUGUUGUUCCUGUGAAUCAGAGUGGUGGGAGAGAGUAUAUUGUAUGGAAUGAAAAUUGUUUCUUUCAGUUUCAUGUCUUUGUUUAUAGUUUAUUACAGUUGUUCUUUUGCACAAAUUAUUGUCAUUGAAGAUGAUUCCUUGAGCUUCUUUUGGUUUCAUGCAGUAUUAGUAACUGGGUUUUAGUGGAAUGGCGAGUAUACAGUUCAUCCCAUUUGGUGAGGCAAAAUCCCUCAAGGCAUCACAACGAAUGCUAUUGAUGUUUAGUAUUUACAGUCCGUUGUUUAGUGAAUUUGGAUCAAGAAAUUCUGAAUGAUUAUUGAGCUGAGCGGCCAACUGGAUCAGAAUAGGACCAGAGGCAGAGGGUUGGAAAGAAAUAAUGCAACUUGCACGAUGGAGCCAGCUGUGACCAAUAUUAGUGUGGCCAGCUCCACCAUCUCAAUCAUUCAACCGAAUAUUAAAGAACAAUAAUAAUAAAGUUAUUGUUAAACUGAUUUGUAUUGUAGCAGCAAGCAGCAGAUAGAUAAUUUCAGCUACUGUCAACGUUAUUUAGGAAAAAAAGAAAUGUCUCUGUCUUCUUGUAAAUAUUCCCGAGCAGGACAGACUGAGACAGUUAAGAAUGUAUUUAGAAAAUAAAAUGCCAUAGAGGGAGGGUUCCAUGCCAAUGCCAUAUCUUCACUUUGGAUUUAUUUUAGGCAAAAUACACUUCCAUAGCCAUAACUUUACACUUUGUGACAAAUAUAGCCAGAUUUGAAAAAAUACACAGAAAUAGCCACAAAUUUGAAACUACCUUGACAAUUAUAGCCAUUUCCGUUAGAAAUAUUAACGGAGUUAGAGAUGUCGGUUAUGUCCGUCAACAACAAGCUGAGAAUGCGCCUCGUCAGCUUCCACGUCAACUCUUUGUCGACAUGUCAUGCCACAUGUCAUGCCAUGUCAAAUUAAAAUUAAAAAUGUUGUUUAUUAAAUUAAAAAAAAAAAAAUUUGGAUGACACAAUGAAUGACCGAUUUCCUUUUUUUCAAUUAAAGGAAAAAACAAAAAAGAAAAAUGAUAAAAGAAAAGAAGAAGGAAGAAGAAAGGCACGCAGCGGCACUGCUGCUAUCAAUCCCUCCCCGCCGCACCCUACAAAUCCGCCGCCGCCGCCGACCAGAAUCAUAGCCAACCUACUAUACGCAUUGACAAAGCAACGAACCUGAUCCAACCAUAUCCUAUUCUAUUCAUCUUCCCUUUUCUCGACGAGAUACCCAAUCAAGAACACAAAUCUAUAAUUGAUGGAUGGUGGAAUAUGUAGGGCUCCUCUUCUGCCUUUACCCCGUCGGGAUGUCGAUUUUGCUCCGUAAGUUCGUCGUCGAGCGCUCGUUGGUAGGGGAUGCAACUGUGAAGGAGGUGCUGAGAUCGAAUCCAUUCGUCUUCUUCUAGAUCUAUCUAUCUUCUCCUUCCUCUACGAACCCAGGAUCUACAAUCAGGCCAUUGUAGUCUUCUUAUAUACCCAUUCAUCUUUUUUCCGGUGAGAUUGAGAGAGAGAGAGAGAGAGAGAGAGAGAGAGAGAGAGAGAGAGAGCAGGCGAGAUGAGAGGGAGAGCGGAUGGAGACGCGACGGCAGGAUUUGGCGAUUUGGAAGGGAUGGGAGCGGGAGGCGAGAGGUGGGGAGCUAGGUAUGGGUGGUGGUGAACUGGACCGAAGUCUACGGCUGGGUUUUUGGGGACUUUGAGCUGCUGGGUUUCAGCUAUGACCGGAUAAUUGGGGUUUUUAAUUGGGAUAGAUAAUCUCCAUCUCGAUGCUUUCUUGAGUUUCUUCGACUGAGAGUGGCUGCGAUUUAGAGUUAAGGUGGAAUGGAUGUGGGAUUUAUGGGAAGAGGAACGGAGACGAAUGGAGAGGGGCGGAUGGAGAAGAAGCUCCCCACAAGACAAUUUGGCAAAGUUGAUUUUUUUAAUAAAUAUAUUAAUUUAAAUUCCAUCCUGACAUGCCACGUAGACGAAGGCAGUAGACAAUCGUUUGUCUAGUCAGCCGGCGUUACAAUUCCGUUAUAUUAAUGGACGGAAUGGCUAUUUCUGUGUAUUUUUUCAAAUCUGGCUAUAUUUGUCACAAAGUGUAAAGUUAUGGCUAUGGUAGUGUAUUUUGCCAUUAUUUUAAUUGGGGACGAUUGCUGCAAAUGAGCCGAGUCGAGUUUUAUCCUAAUUUGAGCUCGGCUCGUUAAUAAACGAGUCGAGCUCGAGCUUAGCUUGUUUAUUAACGAGCCGAGUCGAGUUCGAGCUAGCUUGUUUACUAAAAUCUUGACUAUUAUUUGGAACUUCAUUUUGUAUAUCAUUAUACUAAUAAUUUAUAUUGUUAGCUAAUCUCAUAUACUACUUUGUUGGUAUCAUAUAUCAUUUAGUUAAUAAAUUUUAACUACUCAAAAUCAUAUUAUUUCAUAGUAUCGAAGCAAUCUAUGAUACAUAAUUUCUUUUUAAAGUAGAAACUAAGAUAUAUUUGCUCACAUACUCAAUGUGUUAAACUUUAUAUAUGGUGAGAUAUAUAAUUUAACAGACAUAUGAAUUAAAAUCAUAAGAUAUAGAUUGAUUCGUCCAUAAGUCGGUAAUCGAGUUGGCUCUCUAGCCACAUGUUGAGACAUAUCGUGAGCUCUAAAUGAGCCAGCUCACGAGUUUAGCUCAACAAGCCAUCGAGUCGAGCUAGCUCGCGAGCUUCAAGAGCUGAGCAAAGCUGAGCUCAUGUUCGGCUCGUUUAUUAACGAGUCGAGUUUCGAACGAGAUUUUCUCGAGUCAAACGCCAAGCCGCUCGCGAGCAGCUCGGCUCAUUUGCAGCCCUAGGGACGACACUGCACAAAGCAAAUAUGCAUAUUUUGUAAUUUCCCUGUCCAUGUGGAGCUCCAAACAAGAGUGGACUAAAUUAACUAUAAAAAA